CAAAUGAACCGUUGUCUUACUGAGAUUAAAAGAAACUCGACUGCUUUGAAUUUUUUUGAAGUAGUAAUUGAUAAAUUUCCUGAUAAUGGCUACUUUGGAGCAGGUUAGAGAAUUCAGAUCCGAUAGAGGUGGAAACAUCGUGUCAGUUUGCGUGAGUUGUCGCCACCCAUCUUGGUCGGAUUAUUAUGGUGCACCCGCUUGUAGACGUUGUACAAGAUUGUUCGUGAAAGCAAUUCGAGAAAGAAGGUGUUACAUUUGUCGUGCAUAUAUGGGAUCGUGUCUUUCUACAAAUGAUCCUGCAAAAAGAUGCAGAUAUUGCGAUCUAGAAAGGUUAUACAGACGUGGAUUGAAACCGAUAAGAUUUGGAGUACACGACGAUAAAUGGUAUAUGCUGGAUAUGAUUCCUUAUAUAAAAAGAGGAAUAGUUACUGAUAAUGAACCUGGAAUACCUGUUGUACACUAUGAAAUGGGUAUUAUAGAUCGUUUCAAGUACAACUGUUUUCAGUCAUAUGUAAGAUGGAUUGAGAGAUACCAAUCUGAGAGCCCUUUUAUUAAUGACGAGGGAGAGGAUCUAUUACGUUAUGAUUGUGUAUCGAGAGGAGUGAUUAUGGCAGCAAUUCUCGAAUGCAUAAACAUUCACGACGUGUUGAAAAUCGAUUUUCGUUACUUUGAUCCGUAUCAAUGUCUAAUUUUAGAUACCUGGUCAAUUAAUAUUUUAUAUAAAGUACGCCAAUUUCUUGCGAAAUGGAGAGAAAAUGGCCCUAACGAGUUCGAUGUCUGGAUAUACACAGUUUUGGGUAUAGAGGGAACAAUGGAUUCGAAGUGAUAAAAAUUUACAAUUUUUCUCCUUUGCACAAUUUUUGUAUAAAACAGAAAUUCUAUUGUUAGAUUUAUAUUACACUCGCAG